AUCAAGACUUUGACCUGACAUUCACUCCCAUCUGAGUGAACAAAUUCAGAAAAGAAAAUGACCCAGUGCUGACAGAGGGAUAAGAAUAUUUUACUAAGGCACCCUGUGUUAGAAGACAAUCCCAGUAUAAAUCAUGAGCUGUCCCUACCUGACCCUCUCCAUUGGGCACAAGAUGCCGCUCAUAGGACUUGGGACCUGGAAGAGUGCCCCUGGACUGGUUAAGCAAGCUGUGCUAUGUGCCCUGGACUGUGGCUACAGGCACUUUGACUGUGCUGCAGCCUAUGGUAAUGAACGGGAAGUAGGAGAGGCCUUAUUGGAAAGAGUGGGAACAGGCAAGCAAAUUAAACGGGAGGAAGUGUUUGUGACUUCUAAGCUGUGGAACACAAAGCAUCACCCUGAAGACGUGGAGUCAUCCUGCAGGAAGACGCUGGCAGAACUCAGUCUCCAGUACCUGGACUUGUAUCUCAUACACUGGCCCAUGGCCUUUGAGAGGGGGGAAGUGUUGAUGCCCAGGAAUGAUGAUGGAACAAUGCGACAUGGCGACACUCACUAUAGGGACACCUGGAAGGUGAUGGAAGGACUGCUGGACCAAGGUCUUGUCAAGGCCAUUGGACUAUCCAACUUUAAUGCUAAGCAAAUUGAUGACAUCCUUAGCAUUUGUAAAUACAAGCCUGUGGUUAAUCAGGUUGAGUGCCAUCCCUACCUCAUUCAGAAGGAGCUGUUGAAGUACUGCCACGAUCAUGGGAUAGCACUGACGGCUUACAGUCCCCUAGGGUCUCCUGAUCGGCCCUGGACCUCUCCUGGAGAGCCCCAGCUGCUAGAUGACCCCCAAAUCUUGGCCAUCGCAGGCAGAUAUGGUAAAACACCUGCACAGGUGAUCUUAAGGUGGCAGGUGCAGAGAGGAGUAGUCUGCAUCCCCAAGAGCACUACACCUUCUAGGAUUCAGCAGAACAUUCAGGUAUUUGACUUUACACUGUCGAAUGAUGACAUGAAGCAGAUUGAAUGCUUUAACCGAAAUGAAAGACUGAUAAUUCCCACUAUAGAGAACAUGUUAAAUAUAAGGCCCAUCCGACGGAGCAGCACAAUGGAGCUUCAAAAUGAAAGACAAGCCGUUAUCCCAAAUCCUACUGAGAUGAUUGGCUUUGAAUAUGCCAGCAGCAUUCCCCCAGAGGAGUCCGAAUUAGUUAUUUCCGGUAACUCUUCCACCCUGGGGCCUGGACUGGACAGCGAUUUUGGAGCCAGUGCUGGGAUUUCUUUGCGAAUCUUGUCGUCAGACAGCGAAGUCUUCCCCACCACUGUCUGGGCCUCAGGGUUGGAGUGGGAUUAUUAUGACCCCAGCUACAAGAGACGAAGCCAAAUGCACAGACACUUGGAACACGUGCCCACGGUCAGCCACAAGCAAUACUGGGUUUAACUGCACCUCAAACUCAACAGCUCUAUCAAGAGCCACACAGCACAAUCACUUCUGAAGGCACAGAUACAAGGAUAAAUGACAAUUUCUGCAAUUUUGAAUGUAUAUUUAGAACUAUAGUUUAGAAACACUUUAAUUAAUAGUGCACAAUUAUGUUCUAAUUUGUAUUUUUUUAGUUUAAAAAAAUCUGAAUAUUUUUUGUUCCGAGAAUUGAGCACACAGCAAAAAUCUCACCUUUCAAGAAGAUAAAGCACGUUGAAUAGAAUCUGUUCUCUUAACAUCGAGAAGGUAGACGCUAGCAAAAUAAUAAUGAGCACCAAAUCUAACAGCCCAAACACUUGUGUUUAAAAGGUAUUCACUAGUUUAACAAAAACAUAUUCAGAAAUGUUUUUUUUUGUUCGCCAGAAAACUUAAUCUACCUUCACUUAUAAAAAAUUAAACCAUUGUUUAUAUUUCUGAUUUAGUGAAGCACUCUUGUUUUUGCACUAUUUAUGCUAGGUAUUAUAAACCACAGACAUAAAAAAAUUUGAAAACAAUAUUGUGUAAUUU